AUGUCCGGCGUAUUCGGAACGAAAAUCUUUAUGAAGAUUUCCUCGCAAUACGAUCUACUUCCCAUAUCAUCUGCAAUACCGUAUUUCUCAGUUAGCUUUGGAUCCGAGAAGGUGCCUGUUCAGGACUUCACCCGAGACGCUCAGGACACAACAGGCUUCGUGUACUCGUGCAGUGUAGAUGCUCCGCAGCCAUUGGUCACGGGCUGCAACGGCAACAACGUGCCUUUAUCAUUAAUUGCUGAAGGUCCAUCUGGAGAGGAAAUCUCGCGGACGGGUGCAGGGUCUUUUCAGUAUCUUGAAGGGUCUGGGGAUGACAUCACGCGGACAACCAAGCUUCCCAAGCAUGACACAACGGCACCUGGGCCUCAAGUUGAUCAGGCGAGUGCUUCGCCAAAAACAAUAGACACUCAGCUGCCUCCGGACACAGCUACAAAUAACUACGAGUACCCGUCGCAACAGAGCCAGUAUGCAACGACAUUUCCUCAGAGCAACGGCGACAUGAUUACCACGUACAGAAGCAGCAGCUUUGCGGAGCCACACUAUCGACGUUCCGCGCCGUCCUGGAGCGGCUAUGGCGGGCCUUUGGGGAGCACGAGAAGCUCCUUGGAUCACUCAGCAAUGAGUAGUGGGCGGCCAAGCUUGACGCCACUCCCGAUGCCUUCCUCCGCUGGCAACGGGGCCCCACAACUUAUCCGCACCAGUACCAUUGCCAACGGGGCAAGUGGCAAUGGAUCCUAUCAUCACAUCUCGCUCUACUCCAGCAAGGCUGUUCUCAAGAUCAUAGGCAAGUUGGAUACCAUGGCCGAGCACUGGAGCGAAGAAGAAUGGGAAAAUCGACGCCGCAUUGUCAUGUUUCGCAAGUCUCAAGCGGGUUCAACUUUGACGGCUAAUUUCCGAGCUGUUCCGGUCAACGAACGACCACAAAACAGUAUCUGUAUCUCGUGUAUCUGGUGGGCAGAGAAACAGGAGUGCUACGUGACGUCGGUGGACACUAUCCAUCUGCUCGAGCAGCUUGUUGCCGCGCCCAAUCGCUUCAGCGUCGAGGAGAAGAAUCGAAUUCGUCGAAACCUUGAGGGCUUUCAUCCGUUAACAGUGUCCAAGUCGAAGCCUGACAGCGAAGAAUUUUUUAAAAUCAUUAUGGGAUUUCCCAACCCCAAGCCUCGCAAUAUUGAAAAAGAUGUCAAAGUAUUUCCGUGGAAGAUCCUCGAGCCAGCACUCAAAAAAAUCAUUGGCAAGUACAGCGCCAGCCCGAGUAACUCUCUGCCUCACGGCAGUAUGAUGACACCUGUGAGCACAACUCCGUAUGCACCUCUGCCAACACCUCCAGGACACGGUAUGGCCUCGCAGCAAAGCCUCCCAUCUCAGCAUGGUGAUACUCAUAGCCAGUACUCGGUGCACUCAGGCCAUCAUGACCCCAUUCCAUCACCAAGGUCGCUGUCAGGAUCACAGUCCACGUGGACACCAUACACCACGGCGCCAGCAUACGCAACAUCUGCACGCGCUCUGAGCCCUACGAACCGACAUGCCAGCCCGCAGCAAGGCCAUCAACAUGCGCCUCCCAUGCGUAUCAAUACAAACCCGCUGCCAGCGGUCACCACAUACGAUUCUCGAACCGUUUCGACCGCAGGAUACAGCUCAAGUGGCUUGCACACGCCUAUCAGUCAACACCCGUCCUCCACAGCAACACCACCGCGUUGGGACAGCACAUCAGCAAGUUAUUCGGACAGCUACUCGAGUCUAACCUCACACCACCAGCCCGGACCUUCUGUGUAUAGCACCGGGGCUUAUGGGGAUGGUGCUACUCGAGUCUAA